GAAGACUGAGCGGUUGCGGCUGCGUUGCGGACCUCGAGCAACAGCCGGCUUCUCCACGUAGAACUCGGGAGUAGGAGGUUCAGAAUCGAAUCUCUUCUCCCUCCCCCCUCCUGUUUUUCAGCUUUGUGAGGCACCUUAUCAUCCAAGACAAUGGCCAGCAAUGUUACCAACAAGACGGAUCCUCGCUCCAUGAACUCUCGUGUAUUCAUUGGGAACCUCAAUACUCUUGUGGUCAAGAAAUCUGAUGUGGAGGCAAUCUUCUCAAAAUAUGGCAAAAUCGUGGGUUGCUCUGUUCAUAAGGGCUUUGCCUUCGUUCAGUAUGUUAAUGAGAGAAAUGCCCGGGCUGCUGUGGCAGGAGAGGAUGGCAGAAUGAUUGCUGGCCAGGUUUUAGAUAUUAAUCUGGCCGCAGAGCCAAAAGUGAACCGAGGAAAAGCAGGUGUGAAACGAUCUGCAGCGGAGAUGUACGGGUCAGUACCAGAACACCCUUCUCCGUCCCCUCUACUCAGCUCCUCUUUUGACUUGGACUAUGACUUUCAACGGGAUUAUUAUGACAGGAUGUACAGUUACCCAGCACGUGUUCCUCCUCCUCCUCCUAUUGCUCGGGCUGUAGUGCCCUCGAAACGCCAGCGUGUAUCAGGAAACACUUCACGAAGGGGCAAAAGUGGCUUCAAUUCAAAGAGUGGACAGCGAGGAUCAUCUUCUAAGUCUGGAAAGUUGAAAGGAGAUGACCUUCAAACCAUUAAGAAGGAGUUGACCCAGAUAAAACAAAAAGUGGAUUCUCUACUGGAAAGCCUGGAAAAAAUUGAAAAGGAACAGAGCAAACAAGGAGUAGAGAUGAAGAAUGAUAAGUCAGAAGAGGAGCAGAGCAGCAGCUCCCUGAAGAAGGAUGAGACUAAUGUGAAGAUGGAGUCUGAGGGGGGUGCAGAUGACUCUGCUGAGGAGGGGGACCUACUGGAUGAUGAUGAUAAUGAAGACCGGGGGGAUGACCAGCUGGAGUUGAUCAAGGAUGAUGAAAAAGAGGCUGAGGAAGGAGAGGAUGACAGAGACAGCACCAAUGGCGAGGAUGACUCUUAAGCACAUAGUGGGGUUUAGAAAUCUUGUCCCAUUAUUUCUUUACCUAGGCGCUUGUCUAAGAUCAAAAUUUUCACCAGAUCCUCUCCCCUAGUAUCUUCAGCACAUGCUCACUGUUCUUCCCAUCCUUGUCCUUCCCAUGUUCAUUAAUUCAUAUUGCCCUGCGCCUAGUCCCAUUUUCACUUCCUUUGAUGCUCCUAGUAGUUAUGUUAAGUCUUACCCUGUAAUUUUUGCUUUUAAUUUUGAUACCUCUUUAUGACUUAACAAUAAAAAGGAUGUAUGGUUUUUAUCAACUGUCUCCAAAAUAAUCUCUUGUUAUGCAGGGAGUACAGUUCUUUCCAUUCAUACAUGAGUUCAGUAGUUGCUUCCCUAACUACAAAGGCAAUCUCAUUAGUUGAGUAGCACCUGAGAGCAGCUUUGAGUUAGAGGUAUGUGUGUUAUACCCCACAUAUGAGUGCUAUGUGGGGCUGUUCAACACAAAUGUAACAAUGUAUUUUUGUGAAUGAGAGUUGGCAUGUCAGAUGCAUCCUCUAGAAAAAUAAUUAGUGUAAUAGUCUUAAGAUUUGUUUUCUAAAGUUGAAACUGUCGGUUAUUUUUGUGAACAGCUUGAUGUUUGGGACCUUUUUUUCUCAAAAUAAACAAGUCCUUAUUAAACCAGGAA